CACCAGGGAGCCUUCCCGGCCGAGCCCACGGCUGGGGCGACCCUGAAGGCCUCUCUCUCCCCUCCUCCGCCGCCCGCAGCUGCCGCCGCUCCAGAUGCUGCUGCUGCCGCCGCGGGCCCCGCACCCUCGCUCGGCGUCCCCGGAGGCCAUGGACCCGCCGCCGCCCAAGUCGCCCCCGUUCCCCAAGGCCGAGGGCCCCGCGUCCACCGCGUCGGCGGCGGGUCCCCGGGCCCCGAGGCUGGGCCGCCACCUGCUCAUCGACGCCAACGGGGUCCCCUACACGUACACGGUGCAGCUGGAGGAGGAGCCCCGGGGACCCCCGCAGCGGGAGGCGCCCCCCGGGGAGCCGGGGCCCCGCAAGGGCUACAGCUGCCCGGAGUGCGCGCGCGUCUUCGCCAGCCCGCUGCGGCUGCAGAGCCACCGCGUGUCGCACUCGGACCUCAAGCCCUUCACGUGCGGCGCCUGCGGGAAGGCCUUCAAGCGCUCCAGCCACCUGUCCCGGCACCGCGCCACGCACCGCGCGCGGCCCCCGCACACCUGCCCGCUGUGCCCGCGCCGCUUCCAGGACGCCGCCGAGCUGGCCCAGCACGUGCGCCUGCACUAGGGCGCGCCACGAAGCGACUGCCUUGGCCGGCCUCAGUUUCCCCUCGGCUCCCCGCCAGAGAAGCCUGCCUCCACCCGCCCGAUCUCUCCAACCCCGCAACCUCGUGUCGCGUCCUGCAGGCCUAGGCGCCCUGGCUGGGUGGCGGCGACUGGCCGGGCUACCUAGCCGGGUGCGGGGCCAACGGUGCUGUGCGCGCCCCGGCCAGCCGCGCGGCCUCUGCGCCCCUGCGGCCGCCGCGCGCCAAGGCCGGGGUCGCUCCUCCUCCUCCUCUUCCCUUCUCCCGAACAAUAAACAUUCCGCUCUCCACGGGG